UCGAUUGCUCUUGUCUGUUCGAUUACUUAUCAGUUCGAUUGCUCCGGUCUGAAUGAGGGCAUAGAGGGAACAGGAAGCAAGUUGUAGUGGAGCGGUGCCUAUACAUCCAGCAGGCAAAGGAGAGGAGAGGAACAGUGCAGUUUUACACCUUUUAAAUUAAAGGUCUCGCGGCAGAAAAACAAUUGGCUCAACUGCCUGGAAUGUGAUCUUACAGCACUGAAAAGGUUGGCACAGGAAUUAAGGACUACCCCAGGCAUGCCAGAUUUGGGGCUUCUGUUUGGACCUACAGAAUGCUCAAGAGUAAGCUCUCAUGAAAUGGCCACAGAUGAUAAAUCAUCCCCAACACUGGACUGUGCCAGCGAAUUGCCAAGAUCUCCAAGCAGCCCAUCACACCUUACACAUUUUAAACCACUGACACCAGAUCAAGAUGAUCCUCCGUUUAAAUCUGCUUAUAGCUCUUUUGUAAGCCUGUUUCGUUUCAGUAAAGAUGAAGUCAGAGCCGCAACCACAUUUGACAAAACAGAACGUGGAACUAGUGACCCAGCUCUGAGAGGUGCCUGGCCCAGUCCACAUCAUUCCUCAAGCUCGCAUUCCAUCAGGUCUCCAGUGCAGUACAAGAAGCCAUCGUUAGUAGAGAGAAGAGGCUCUGCUACCUCAGAAACGCAAAGAAAGGCAGAACCACCUAUUGGUCAUGACCCUCGCACCGCUGUACAACUUCGCAGUUUGACCACAGUACUAAAGCGCCUGAAGGAAAUAAUGGAAGGAAAAAGUCAGGACAGUGAUUUGAAGCAGUACUGGAUGCCUGAUAGCCAGUGUAAAGAAUGCUACGAUUGUAGUGAGAAAUUUACAACCUUUCGAAGAAGACACCACUGUCGACUUUGUGGGCAAAUUUUCUGCAGUCGCUGUUGCAACCAGGAAAUUCCGGGAAAGUUCAUGGGGUAUACAGGAGAUCUCCGGGCUUGUACAUACUGCUGUAAGAUUGCGAUAAACUACGCACACUCCUCUGAUGGCAACACCAUAGGGGAAGAUCUGACUGCGCUAUCUGAUUCUACUUGUUCUGUUUCUAUACUGGAUCCUGGAGAGCCACGCACACCUGUUGGAGGGAGAAAAGCUAGCCGUAAUAUCUUCCUGGAGGAGGAUUUAACAUGGCAGAGCUUGGUUCAUCAAGAGACUACAAAAACGACUCUAACAACAAGACUAGCUUCUGUACAAGAGGAUGUUGGUAAAUCCCCUGCGAGAAAUAGGUCUGCAAGCAUUACUAACCUCUCCUUGGAUCGAUCUGGUUCUCCUAUGGUGCCUCCAUAUGAAUCCUCUGUUAGUCCACAAUCCUCCCGAACAUAUCUGAAAAACGACACUAAUGAAGAGGAGCGAAAGAUUCUUCUGGACUCUGUACAGCUGAAGGAGCUUUGGAAAAAAAUCUGUCACAACAGCAGUGGCAUGGAAUUUCAGGACCACCGUUACUGGCUGAGGACACAUCCCAACUGCAUUGUGGGAAAAGACCUUGUCAAUUGGCUAAUCAGGAAUGGGCACAUUACAACAAGAGCACAAGCCAUAGCCAUUGGACAAGCCCUGGUCGAUGGUCGGUGGCUUGACUGUGUAACCCAUCAUGAUCAGCUGUUCCGGGAUGAAUAUGCCUUGUACAGACCUCUACAGAGUACAGAAUUCUCAGAGACACCAUCACCAGACAGUGAUUCAGUUAACUCAGUGGAAGGGCAUUCGGAGCCUUCUUGGUUCAAAGACAUCAAGUUUGAUGACAGUGAUACAGAACAAAUUGCUGAUGAAGGGGAGGAUAAUAUGACCAACUCUACAAGUCCUAGCAAACGUACAUCGGUCAGCAGUUUCCAAUCUGCUAUGGACAGCGACUCGGCCGCUUCCAUCAGCCUCAAUGUGGAGAUGGACAACGUCAACUUCCACAUCAAGAAGCAUUCCAAGUAUCCCCAUGUACCCCUACACCCUGCUGACCAGAAAGAGUUUCAUCUGUCAGAAGACGGUGGGCAACAGCUUGUUUCCAUAAGCGACGCAUUCCUUAAAGAAUCUUUGUUCAAUAGAAGAGUGGAGGAAAAAUCUAAGGAUCUAUUAUUUACUCCUUUGGGUUGGCAUCAUAACAACCUGGAUCAACUGAGAGAAGAGAAUGGAGAGAAACAGGCAAUGGAGAGGCUGUUAUCUGCAAACCACAAUCACAUGAUGUCUCUGCUGCAGCAACUACUGUACAAUGAGUCCCUCUCUCUCUCCUGGAAAGACAUAAUUGUGCAACUCGUAUGCCAAGUAGUACAAACUGUACAUCCUGAUGUCAAAAAUGAUGAUGACAUGGAUAUACGGCAGUUCGUUCACAUCAAAAAAAUCCCUGGAGGAAAGAAAUUUGACUCUGUGGUUGUUAAUGGCUAUGUUUGCACUAAGAAUAUUGCACAUAAGAAGAUGAAUGCAAGUAUUAAAACUCCCAAAAUACUGCUGCUGAAGUGCUCAAUUGAAUAUUUGUAUCGGGAGGAAACCAAGUUUACAUGCAUUGAUCCCAUAGUCCUUCAAGAGAGGGAAUUUCUUAAGAAUUAUGUUCAAAGGAUAGUUGAUGUACGACCCACCCUAGUUCUUGUGGAGAAAACUGUAUCUAGAAUUGCGCAAGACAUGCUGCUUGAACAUGGAAUAACAUUGGUUAUCAAUGUCAAACCGCAAGUUUUAGAUCGAGUGAGUCGAAUGACACAAGGGGACUUAGUAAUGUCCAUGGAUCAGCUCCUGACCAAACCACGCCUUGGUACCUGUCAGAAGUUUUAUAUGCAAGUUUUUCCACUGCCUAACAAUGAAGCAAAAACAUUGAUGUUCUUUGAAGGUUGUCCACAACAUUUGGGCUGUACCAUUCAGCUCCGUGGAGCCUCAGAGUAUGAACUGUCUCGUGUCAAAGAGAUAAUCAUCUUCUUGGUUUUUGCUGCAUAUCAUUCUCAACUGGAGAUUUCAUUUCUUAUGGAUGAAUUUGCCAUGCCACCAACACUGCCUAAAAGCAGCUCAUUCCAUACUUUGAUUGAUGGACAAGGAGAAGAAAAUGGUCACAUAGAUCUGUUUAAUGGGGAAGAAUGUAGUAUGAUCCACUGGGAAUCUGAUUUAUCAUUAGAGAGAUUACAUAUGCCUUCAGAAUCCAGGUCUUCUGAUGAUAUAGACUUCUUAGAGCAAAGACCUGACUUUGAGGUAGGCGAUUUAGAAACAAAGAGUCUUGAAGGACAUUCGACUGUUCCUCAUCAGGAUGCUCCUAUGAUGCCGUUAACCUCUGUGCAGUCUUCUGAGGUGUCAAUUGAGCCAGAGAUGAUGACUCAAAUGUGUCAUAUACCUGGUAUUACAAAAGAUGAAGACGUGACACAACAAAAAAUGGAAUCUCUGCAAGAAACCACAAGUCACAUAAAACCUUUCAGAGAUCCUUUGCAAGAUGAUACUGGGUUAUAUAUAACUGAAGAGGUCCCUUCCACAGAUGACAGGCUUAAAAUGCACUCUUUGUCUUUUAGGCAGGAGUUGAAAGAUGUUAUUUUGUGUAGUUCCCCAAUCAUUACAUUCAAGGAACCCUUUCUACUUUCUGAAAAAGGUAUGAGAUGUCCCACUAGAGACUAUUUUCCUGAUCAAGUUUACAUGUCUCCACUACUCAACAAGGAUGCGAAAGAAAUUGAGAGCAGGCGGAAGAAGCAGUUAUUACGUGAACUUUCCAACCUUCAAGGCAUUAAUGGAAGUGCACAUGGAAAAGCUAUUGAAAUCUUUCCAUCUCAUGAACUCCUUAGCACAAGAAUAUCUGAGCACUUAGGUGAUAGUCAGGAUUUAGCUAGAAUACUAGCUGAUUACCGAGCAAGAGGAGGAAGGAUACGACAGAAAGACUCUGACCCCUUUUUUCAGACCAGGGAUGUAACCAAUGGCUUCACUUCUAAAAACGACAAUAAGAGUGAGUCAGAUGACGAUAAAAGCCUCACUGAUAUGCCAUGGAACUCAAAGAUCGACUGCUUGAACAUUAUAAAUCAUCAACGCCUUUGUGUCUUAUUUAGCAGUUCUUCAGCCCAGUCCAACAAUGCUCCUAGUUAUUGUGUUAGUCCGUGGAUUGUAACAAUGGAAUUUUAUGGGAAAAAUGACCUGACUCUUGGGGUUUUUCUGGAAAGAUACUGUUUCAGGCCUUCAUAUCAAUGCCCAAGUGUAUUCUGUGACACUCCAAUGGUGCAUCACAUUCGCCGCUUUGUGCAUGGGAAUGGCUGUGUACAGAUUGUGCUAAAGGAGCUGGAUUCUCCAGUUCCUGGAUACCAACACACUAUCCUCACAUACUCCUGGUGCAGAAUAUGUCAGCAGGCAACACCUGUUGUACCUCUGUCCAAUGACUCCUGGUCUAUGUCGUUUGCAAAAUAUUUAGAGUUACGUUUCUAUGGAUACCAGUACACCCGACGAGCUAAUGUUGAACCCUGUGGACACUCCAUUCACCAUAACUACCACCAAUACUUUUCCUACAAUCAGAUGGUUGCUUCCUUCAGUUACUCCCCGAUCAGACUUCUUGAAGUAUGUGUACCAACUCCAAAGAUACACAUCAAACAACACAGCCCAGCGAAAGUUUCAAUCCUUCAGGACUUGAAGGAUUUCUCCCAAAAAGUUACCCAGGUAUAUAUUGCAGUAGAUGACCGACUUACCUCCCUAAAAACAGACACAUUUAGCAAGACAAGAGAAGAAAAGAUGGAGGACCUUUUUGCACAGAAAGAGAUGGAGGAGGUAGAGUUCCGAAACUGGAUUGAGAAACUACAGGCAAGAUUGCUUUCCUCGAAUACGGACACGGAACAGCAGCUACAGUCUAUCUUUGAGUCAAUGAUUGCCAAGAAGCAGUCACUGUGUGAGAUGCUUCAAGCAUGGAACAACAGGUUGCAAGAUCUUUUUCAGCAAGAAAAAGGCCGCAAACGCCCUUCAGUGCCUGCUAGUCCUGGAAGAAUGAGGCAGGGGGAAGAAAAUAAGGGUUGUGCUACGGAUGCGUCCCCACGCAACUCAUCUCCUGCACAAAAUGGGGAGAGAGAAGAUCGCUUUAUGACAACCUUAUCUCAGAGCUCCACAGGCUCCUCCCAUCUCCAAAUACCAAGCCCUCCUGAUCUUGCUCCUGAUCAGUCGUUUGGUGGUACCUUUACAGCACUGAGCACCACUGAGAUGGACACCACCAGCAGCUGUGAAGAUGUGUUUGAUGGUCAUUUAUUGGGAUCUACAGACAGCCAGGUCAAGGAGAAAUCCACCAUGAAAACGAUAUUUGCAAAUCUGCUCCCAGGAAACAGCUACAAUCCCAUUCUUCCCCCUUUUGAUACAGAUAAGCACUACCUGAUGUAUGAACAUGAACGUGUGCCCAUUGCUGUAUGCGAGAAAGAGCCCAGUUCCAUCAUAGCAUUUGCUCUCAGCUGUAAAGAAUACAGAAAUGCUUUGGACGAGUUAUCGAAAACAGCAUCAAAGAACUGUUCAGAAGAAUGUGCUUUACCCAUUAACAUGGUUGACAGUAGACCAAAAACCAGCAGCCCUUCAAGAGCAUCAGAAGCCGUCUCUGUGCAGUCCAACCGUCCUACAGAACCAGAAACUCAGAGCAAAAAACCUUCAGGGGUCCUCUCCUUUUUCCGUGGUACUGGAGGGAAAAGCCCAGACUUGUCUGCACAGAGGAAAGAAACAUUACGUGGAGCUGACAGUGCUUAUUAUCAAGUAGGCCAGACUGGCAGAGAGGGUGCAGAAAACCAAGCAACAGAACCACAAGAUGAAAUUGAUGGAGUAGAUAAGCAGAAGAAGCCGUUCGGCAAUCCCCACGUGGAGCUACAAUUCUCAGAUGCAAAUGCUAAAUUUUACUGCCGGAUUUAUUACGCUGGAGAAUUUCACAGGAUGCGCAAAGUCAUUUUGGGAAGCAGUGAGGAAGAUUUUAUACGCUCCCUUGCACAUUGUGUUCCAUGGCAAGCUAGGGGUGGAAAGUCUGGAGCAGCUUUCUAUGCAACAGAAGAUGACCGGUUUAUUUUAAAACAGAUGCCUCGACUGGAAGUGCAAUCUUUCCUUGAUUUUGCUCCACACUACUUCACGUACAUUAUAAAUGCUGUUCAGAUGAAGAGGCCUUCAGCCUUAGCUAAGAUUCUGGGAGUGUACCGAAUUGGUUACAAGAAUUCUCAAAACAACUCUGAGAAAAAGUUGGAUCUUCUGGUGAUGGAAAAUCUUUUCUAUGGCAGAAAAAUGGCUCAGGUUUUUGACCUGAAGGGAUCUUUAAGAAAUCGAAAUGUUAAAACAGACACCGGAAAGGAGAGCUGCGAUGUGGUCUUGCUGGAUGAAAACUUGUUGAAAAUGGUGCGGGACAACCCAUUGUAUAUAAGGUCGCACUGCAAAUCUGUCCUGAGAGCUUCCAUACACAGCGACUCUCACUUUCUGUCAAGCCACCUUAUAAUAGAUUACUCUCUACUAGUGGGUCGUGACGACACAACUGAUGAACUUGUGGUUGGAAUUAUUGAUUACAUACGGACCUUCACAUGGGACAAAAAGCUGGAGAUGGUGGUUAAAUCGACUGGAAUUUUAGGCGGCCAAGGAAAAAUGCCAACAGUAGUAUCGCCAGAACUGUACCGAACUCGGUUCUGUGAAGCAAUGGAUAAGUAUUUCCUGAUGGUUCCAGAUCACUGGACAGGCCUGGGCGGAAACUGCUGACGCACUAACAACAAAACAUAACAAUAAAAUCUGUUUGUAAGGCACAAUAAAAGUAGAGAAACAAGCAUCCUGUUCCUCAGCGAGACAAGUGAAGAGGAUCUUGGGCAUGAAGUUCAAUUCCUCCCCUUAACCUUGCUUAACCUGCAGACCAUAUUAAUCUAUAACAGAAUAUUGAUGUACUGCUAGAUGGGGACUGUUUAUAAUGUAUAUAUUUAAAACAAAGACAUGUAUUCAAGCUGAAUAUACUUAUUUCUCUAUUUUAGAUGUCUGUGCAUUGAGACUCUUAAAGUUUUGUUUUUUUUAUGUUCAUGAAAUGCCAGACACAAGCAAUUGUGUGACUGCUGUGCAGCCAGGACCAGAGUUCCCCAUUUACAUUUUAGUUCAUCUUGUGUGUUCAUACUUGCAGAUGGCAAUAUUCUGUAGUAAGGGCAUUCCAAUAUAUGCUUCGCUGUGGUCUUUUUCCACCUUUUACGAGCACAAGCAAGUGGAUACGAUAAUUGUUCCUAUUCUAUAUCAUGAACCCAUUCUCACGUCUGAUGAUUAUUAGGAAUUGGUAAUAUGGAAAAGAUAGUUAUACAAGUUAUUUCAACUCCUUUUCUUUUUUUAAUGAAAACUUUUUUUUUUUAAACAAAAAAAUAAAAGCACACAGGAUAGGCAGUCGUUUAUUAGUGCGCCCAACAGACAGUUAUUGUGCUAUACCUCUACUAGUCUUAUUAUUAUGGCCAAGUUUUUUUUCUAGAGAUCAAACCACUUUGGAAUCAAGAACAACACAACGGCAGCACUUUAAAAAUCCAGUUACCUCAUGUAUUAUUCAGAUCAUAACAAUCAAACCUUAUUAAAGGCAAAGGAAAGUUGUUUACCACUUGGAGGUGCCAAAUGCUAGGCACCCCCAAGUGAAUGUAUUUACUUGAGCAGGUUACAGCGAUGCAGUAAUGUUCCGUCUCUUGCUCGACCUCAGCUCUCGCGUUGUGCCGGUCACCUCUUUCCGGCUACAACAUCAGUUCAGAGGAUUGCUGUAGAGUGCUGAUCAAAGUAUUCAGGAGUCCGCCAUCUUUAAUAAGUACUCGGCACUUAAAGAUAACACACACACCUUAUUCCAAGGAAUGGAUUCUGGGACUUGCAGUUCCUUGCUUUCCAUAAUGAGUGGUUCACAGAUGAGAACACGUAGGGGCUUCCAAGUUCUGGAUUCCAUGAUUUACAAGGGAGCAAGGCAAUAAAGUGGUCGCAUGACAGCAGGGUUGGGUGGCACCAGGUAGAUGUUUGCAUUGUAGUGGUGUGUCUUUACUGAAAUCUUCAUCUGUACAAAUAAUUAAAAGUAAAAGAUGUAUGCUUGUCUAUGAUUUAAUGGAAUUUCCAGCAGGCUUUGACUAUGUGACCAAUGGGAUGCUGGGUCCUCUUUGGAUUAAGAGUGCAUUAGAACUGACCUUUAAAGUGAUUUUUUUUAUAGCUGAACAAAAUGCUAUAUUGUAUUGUAAAAUAUCCUCUUACUAACAUCUCUAUUAGAUAUACUUAAUAAUAUCCUGCCCUGUAUGUUAGUUCUCAUACAUUUUUGCACACGUUACAUUUUUGUAUUUGCAGCAAUUACACCUUUAACAUUUUCUAAUUUAUAGUUAUAAUGUAUGUUUUGUUUUUUGUUAAUGGAUCUGAAGUCAGAAGAGCACAGCAGCGCCUAAAAAAGAGCACUAAAAAGACAUUGGUGGUCAUUUAUAAACACUGGGCAAAUCUGCUCCUGGGCAGUAAACAAUAGCAACCAAUCAGAUGAUUGCUUUCAGUGUUCAACCUGCAGCUGACUGAAAAAAGCUAAUCACUGAUUGGUUGCUAUGGGUUACUGCCCUGAUUAGUAAAUGCUACCUGCUGAUUGGCUGCUAUGGUUUACUGACCCUUACAAAACAGAAUGCAGUGUGCAAAGUGCAUUGUACAAAUACAUUGUAUCAAAUGAAUACUACACCAAACGGCUAAUGCCACAUUAUGGGGGAGAUGCUCGUGGACGCAUUAGGAUGCACUCCUGUUGAUUGGUUUGGUAUUCAUCUUAUAUAAUUUAGAAUUGAUUCUAUCCAAAAAAUGUAUUUAUGUGAGAAACUGCUACAUUUAGUUAUUUAAAUUUAUAACAUAAAAUUUAAUUUUAAAGGUGACCUGUGCCUUGUCCCAAUUUGGCUGUUUUAAAUGUCAGAUACAUUAAUUAAAAAUAAAUAUAGAUGCUUAUCUGAUGUGGUAUGUUUUAGUGUUCAGAGGUUUAAUUUAUUCUCUUUAAUGCUUUCUCUUCAAAUCCUUCCACCAGCACUGUGACCCAUGAACUCUGACCCCAAUCUAAAAUCCCCAUUAUUUUUCAGUCAGCUGUUCGAUAAGACUUUCAGUUUCUUUGUCCUUGGCUGUAAAGGCAUCUGAUUAGCUGCUGCUUAGGAUUUUAGAUUGCCCAAAGUGUAAGAACACUCUAAGUUACAGAUGGUUCUAGCUUUUAUUUUCUAUAAGAAAUAGGCAUUACGUGGAUAACUGCAUGCACGGAACACUCUUUCUCUGGGUAUUUAUAAUUCUACAUAUGAGUAGGAUCUCCAGUGAUGCUUGGUUGACCUUACUCCUUUUCCAUGGACCUCAAUACAGUUUAAAUGUUUUUUGGUAAAAUACAGCAAUACUUGCUUAUUUGAUUGCAGUUGUAGAGAAAGAAAUAGAUGAGCUACAGCUGUAACAGUAGCCAAGAGCAGUGUGUGCUAAACUGUGUUCCCCAGAUAGCUGGAAUUCCAUCUAUAAAUGCUGUAAUGAAAGUGUGUUGCUUGCAGUUUUAGUUAUGUGCCCCAGACCUGCAGAUAGCAGUGCUCACAAUGAAAUAGACCCAUAAACUUUUGUUUCUGACCAGCAAAACUGGAGACUGGAUGCAGCUCUGUUUGUAUGCUAUAUAAUCAACCAGGCAGCAUAUUAUUUAUAAAUGUUAACAAAUACAAUGAAUAAGGUCCACAAUGUAUAUGACUUAUAUAAGUGUGUGAGCAUGCUUUAUAUACAGUGUUCUGUCUGGCUCCUGAAUUAACACCACAUGUCAACUGGAGGAUAAAACUUUUUUUUAUCAACAAACUCCUCAAAACUGUGCUCUGUAAAGAUUUGUCUAAAGAACCUCUUCUAAAAAUGCUCAGUGUGCUUCCUCUAUAAUAUUUCACUUCUCACUAGUUUGUUUAAUGGUCCCCAAAAAUAUAAGUAUAGUAAUCCCAAAACACUUCUUCAAUAACUAGUAGAUGUGGAAGCUACUUGCUGUGUGUUUCUUUGUUACUGUACUUUUACUAUAACGUUUAGAAUAAAUAAAUCUUUGCUUUUUAAACUGAAGGAAAGCUUUCAGCGCUUGUAGGUAGGUGUAAUAGAUCAUAUGAAAAUCUGUGGAGUGGAGGCCUCCUGUUACUGUUGAAAGUGAGUGGCCAGUAACACCAAGAUCUGAAAAUGCCUUAUCUGCAUUUACAUUUAAUGGUCAUUUAUUCCACAAUGAAUUGAUGUAGAUAUACUUGUUUUUUUUCCCCACAUGGUGACAGUGCAUAGAUAUGGGAGAUCUGAAGCUUCAUUAAACACUGCUGACUGGGAAGGACUUUGCUGUAGGCAUGUGUUACCACGUCUAAACAAUCAUACUGCAAUAAAAACAACCAUAUAAAAAAUUUUACACAGGCAGGAUAGAAAUAAUUGGUUUGUCAAUUUAUUUACUGAUUAUUUUUGCUGUUACUAGUCCUAUAAAUCAUCAGGCAUCAUCAUUGGCACUGGUCAAAAUGAACGUCUAGUAGUAUUCUCCUCCAUUCCAUGUGGCUACAUUGUUACAUUUUACCAACUUGCCCAGGUUCUACCGUAGACUUGGUGUUCCAUGUCAUUUAACUGAAAGGUGUUUAUGUAAGUUAUUUUUAGGGGGGUCGUUCAAAGCCUAAUCCUUUUCUUUGUGGAUGUUAUAUAGAAACAUUUUAAGUGUUUGUAAAGUUUAUCAGUGUAAAUAUGUUUGACUUCAAGCAGUUGCCCAAUUUCUAUUUUAUAUUACUCCAACUUGCAAAAUACUUUAAUAAGUUAAUGACAUUGAAAACAUUGUGGUAUUUAUAAUGGUAACAAUAAACUAGUACAAUCUAAGCUUAAA